UGUAAAAUCGAGUCAUAUUAUAGACAGCUACAGAUAUAUAUUGCGCUUUGUGAUGUCGAGGGCUUCCGCACUGACUAUUAUACACUUCACAGCCCCAUAAAGCUUAAGCUCACCCACUCGUUCUUCUCUCUCUUCCCUUUCAAGCUAUUGGUUUUGCUAACUUCCGAGCCUACGGUCGCAGAGGGGUGGAUAUUUAGGUGCAUUGACGCUAUGGCCGACUCCUUCACUCUGCCUUUGCGCCCCAUCCAUGAGAAGCGUGAACGUCCAGAUACCUUGCCUGUGGAGAUCGCGCAAAUCAACAAUCAGUGGGGCUCCUUUCGGGAGGUGAACGAAGAUGUUCUUCGAAACAAGAUCGCCGAGGAGGAAGAGAAAGAUGGCAUGGAUGAGGUAGAUGAGAGUGGCCAAGAUGCGACCGAUCUUGACUCGACGGAACGCUUGGAGCAAUUGUACAAGCGGCGGGCCGAGAUCACUCAGUUCGCCAUGCAAGCUCACAUGGAGACCAUGUUUGCCCUCGACUUCGUCUCCCUUUUGCUCUCCAAGCAGUCCCCGCGUCAGGCCGAAACCUCCAUGUCGGCCUUCCUCAAGCAGGUUGCACCCCUUGGUUCGCUCAAUGCCGAGGUUGUGAACCCUCCCCCGAAGCCGGAAUCUACAACCAAAGAUAUAGCAGCGGUAUCAAGAGGAUGGCGGAUUCAAAAUUUCAACGCGGCCGCAAAUAAGCUUCUGCAGGCUGCUUCUAGACUUGAAACCGAAGUCGCGUCGGAGACUCGAUAUUGGAAUGAGGUGCUGGCUGUUAAGAACAAAGGAUGGAAAAUUUCUCGUCUCCCACGCGAAAAGCAAGCGCUGGGUGUGCAAUAUGGGUUCCUUGAAGCCACGCCGGUCUUCCGCGACCGCGGCCUUGCUUCUUUACGCCGAGCUGAGGAUGGGGCUUUGCUAUUGGAUGAAGGAUUGAUUCCGUCCAAAGCCCGUUAUGUCCGAGUACGCGUGAUACAGGAUGGCCGGCUUACGGGAAGUUCCAAACCGACGCGGUCCAGCCUCGACGGCGAUAGAACGAUUGAGGAUCGCAUUCUGCAAGCGCGUGACACUGUUUAUGAAGAGGAGCUUUUCCACGAGCUAGUCCGAGAAGCCCGGGCGAUCGCGAGCCUUGGCGUGACUACACGUCAGAAUCUCAUUCAAAUCCCUGCUUCCGAUGAUCUUGAAGUUUUACUGGACUUGGUUGAUACUGAUGAAAAUACGUUGCAACCCGAACAUGAUAUCACACAACAAGGUACUUCUCUUGCAGAGGGUUUGGCACAUACGAUUCGGAUAUUAUUGGCGUAUGCUCAUCGUCAAAAUUUGCGCCGUCGGACUCUACUUCCGCCGCCCCUGACCCCGAAAACGCGAUCUAUUCCUGAGCAGCAACUUAUUCGGCCAGCUCUAGCUUACAUCAAACACAUGUCUCACGUGCGCUGGCUUCAGUCAUUGUUGAAGGAUCUUUUCGGUGUUUUGCAAUCGGCAGAUUUGGAACUCCCAGCGUACACCACAAGAGUGUUUUCGACAGUGAGACAGAGACAAACCUCUCCUGACCCAAAAGUUGAGACACUAGUUGGACAGUUCCUUACCCCCUUGCUGUCUACGUUCAAUGGGAAAAUUUUGACCCCACGGGGUUCUUUCUCAAUCGCGAUUCACACCAACCUUUCCUCACCACCGUUCGGCACCACAUUUGAUGUGUCAUUCAAUAUGCCCAAGUACUCGGACCUUCAGUCUCCUGGUAAAAUUUCUCAUAGAGAUGACGUGGAAGCUGCCAUAACCCAUCUCUUGUUGCUUGAUGUUGUUUUCACCAUCUCAUCUAAGAGUUCACCAAGGUCUGACAGGGACCAAGUGAAACGCACAUGGGAAGCAAUUUACCCUCAACAUGGCGAACUUCUGCUCUCUCCUUCCAAAUCAGAAAAACGGAAAAAGAUGAAGAUUGCUCUAUCCCGCCAUGAACUGUCUCUUGAGAUUUACACCGUGCGCUGUAUCGACGGAACCGGGCGCGGGAAGUGUGAACAUCCUUCUUACCAUUCAGUGCCGCAUACUUGGAAACCAUCUAUUGCUGGGUCACCUAACCAGCCCUCUUUAAUGGAUUUUGUGUCCAAGGUGUGA